AUGAAUGGCAAUGACAUGAGGGCAGUAAGCAGGAUUGGUGAUCGAUCAACCAGUGAUGUUGUUGUGAGGCUAAGAACACAAGACGGCCGUGACAAUUGGGUAUAUUGUCAUUCCCAUAUCCUUAUAGAGAAGUGCAAGUAUUUUGCUGACCGUUUAUCUGAGAAUUGGCCCACGUGCCAGAUUCUUGACUCCCGCAAUUGUGUUGAGGUCUAUUGUGAAGAAUCUGAAUUUGACUACCAUGUCACUGUUCUACGUCUCUUCUAUGUUAGUAUGGAUGGUUCUGUGACUGACAUGUGGCAUGGUGUUAGAAAUGCUCUUGGCAUUCUUCGAGUGGCCGUCGAGCUUGGAUGCUCUCCUAUCAUUGCUGCCUGUGUUAAUUAUCUGGAAGCAGUCCCUUGGGAAGAGGCCGAGGAGGAGGAGAUUCNUAGCCGUUUAGGAGGAGCUUGGGUGUUACUUAACUAG